UCAUCCUAAUUUCACGGCUCCUCUCUACCAAAACCCUAACAUACCGAUUCCCUCCUCUCCAGUCUCCCUCUCCGUCUCUCUCCGACCAUCUCCUCCUUCUCCGGCGGUGACCCGCACCCGUCCACCUCUCUCUCUCUCUCUCCAUCAUUGCACGAUUCGCCUGAUCUCGGACUGAUUCUCGACUAUAAACUGCUGUUAGGUGGCGGGACUGUAUUUUGGGUGUUGGUUCUGACUUCUGAGGAGUUUGAGGAUAUACGAUGGAGGUUCAAUCAUGUGAAACUGUUUCCCCUCAACCUCGAGUUAAAGCUGUAUUUUGCCUUGGAUCAGAAACGCAUUCUGUUCAGGCAAACAAAGGACUUCUUUCUGAGCAAUUAGUUUUGAUGAAAGAGGAGAGCAUGACCGUACUGAAGGACUUCAUUACUAAACAUAAUGUGCCGAAUGAGGUUCCCGAUGAAACAGAUGAUACCUCUUCGGAAGAUGAUGAAACCAACGAAAAGGCUACUGUGAAGUCGAAGAAGCAGCGGAAAUAGCCGUACACAGUUUUUGAGCUUGAACUUAAAACCAGAAACAUGCAUGAGAAGCUGCUCUCGUGCUUGAGAACUGUCAAGACUAAAAUUAAUGUUUUAAGUCACUCGAUGUUUAAGACAAGGGUUCUGUGUUUUUUUCUCUGCACGGCAAUGUUACAUGUUUAAUCA